GAACAACGCCCUCUGGUUGGUUUAUCGAUACUCGGGCUUAGUCCUCUUCAAUGACCUCACUCUCAAUCAACAUGGCGGACGAUCAAGUGGUCGAAUUUGACUAGCUGUGAAAAUUUACGAGUUAACAAAGUAGGGGAACCAAACGCCCCAACUACGAUUCAAGUUUGAUAAUAGUCGUAAGAGUAUCUAAGCAAUGCAAAGGCGUCCAAGAAAUCCUGGAUUUGGGGCGCGUCAGGCCUCCACUCAAGAAAAAACAGCUGAUGUUGCAGAAGCCCUUUUGCGUCAAGCAAGAAAAUCAGGACAGCUAAAUCUCUCCAACCGAGGGCUAACCAAGGUACCUGACAAGGUAUGGAGGGUGAAUCUGGAUGUACCGCCUGAGGCGAUGAACGUGUCACUGGAUAGUGCAGAGGACGAUAAAUGGUGGGAACAGAUCGACCUUAGCAAGCUUAUCUUAGCUUCCAACAAGUUAACUGAGGUAUCACCAGAGAUUGUACAGUUGCCUGCUCUAGCAGUUUUGGAUGUGAGUAUCUGUGUUUUUAUUGAAUGUUUACAAGCCUUGGAAGAAAAAGAAGGGUCAGAGAGCUUCGAAGCUUGGGAGCGAAAUUCCCAAAAUAGCCUAUGAUGUAAUGCUUAAUCAGAAUCAACCGAUUAAUUAUUUGAUGCUUUCGUGAUUGCAUUUUUGAAUCUGUCAGGAAUAGUAAUCCAAAAAGGAAUCAAUGUAUAUUCAUGUGUAGGGAUAAAACAAUGAUACCUCCAUCUUUGAUAGUCAAUUGUCAUACCAGUGGGGUGGGUUACAUGUAGUUAGCUAACAGUAACUGUUAUUUGCUGCAUAGGUGGGUUUUGGUAAUAUAACAGAAGGUUGAUAAAGGAGGGGGCGUUGGGGCCCAUAAGAAACCACAAAAUCCUAGAAAAAAUCAUCCAAAACCAAAAAACUGAAAAAAUUUAAUCAAAACCAAAAACUGCAUGCAAAACUGUCUAAAUCGAUACAUUUACACAUCCCAGUUAUUAAAACCCUGAUCGAUCUGAUACAGUGGUGACAAGUGGAGCAUACAGAGUAAACUACACUAAUUUCAUAACAGGAUUUAUUACCCUCCCCCUCCCCAUUUAGGGGAGGGGGAGGGUACAGCUACACAUAGGCUGUCUAGGGAUCCCUGUGAUAUUUCAAUUGGUUUGUCACACAUUUCUCUCAAUAACAUUUGCAUUUAGCAGCUAUUCAAGAUCAGUGGAGGCAUGCAAUUGCUGCUCAGAUAGAAGAGAAACCAGAACCCAAAUAGGUCUAAUUAGAAAAACUGUAAACUGCAUUGGAUAUCAAAUCCGAAAACCUGUUAGUGUUUUUUACGAAAACCGAAAACCGAAAACCAAAUGCCAAAAAACCAAAAACCUGCAAACCACAAUGAACAUCAAAACUGAAAAACCAAAGUCUUGUGGCAAAAAACCGAAAAACCAAUCUAAAAAAAAGCCAAAACCACAAAACCCAAAAUCCCAAUGCCCCCCUCAUAAAGAAAAACUUAUUUGAUUUGUCACAAGCAUUAGUUAUUUAAUAAUCAGUUAGUUCUCUUUGUGUAUCUAUGGACAUAAGACCUUGGCUGAGGAAAGCCAUUGAUUUCUGUCCAUUUUCAGUUGGUGGAGCUGCCCCCAUGUUCAGCCUCUGUCCUUUCCUUUUCUCCUCCUACAUUCCUUGGGGUGGUCUUUCUUAUGAGCAUGGGACAAAGAAAAAUAUCUAGGUCUCCCACAAUGAAUAGGCCUAAAGAUUCAAUUCUACACUUCAGUGCUCUAUCACUUAGCUACAGAGAUUUAUCGACACACAGUGAGCUAGGCUAUGACUGGAAUCAUUUUAAAAAAGCAUGCUGGGUACUGUUAGAAUAACCAUGAUUAAGGUGUUUUGUAAGUACAGGUAAUAAGAGCUGUCUGAUCAAUAUGUGAUUGCUAAUUGACAGAUUGUCUUAAUUGAGUUGUUUGCUGAUUAUUAGGACAAAGAGAGAGCCUGUGCACUAGCCUGUGCCCUUUCUCUUUUUUGUCUUCUUGUGUUAGCUCACAUCUUGCAAUCCUCCUCAGCUUAUCUUGGUUCUACUCAAACCAAUGAGUACAGCCCUUAUUCUAAGAUUUCUGUCUUAUAUUUUUCAUUUUAGGAUUUCUGUUUAACAUGUUCAUUUUAAGAUAUCUGUCUUAUAUUUUUCAUUUUAGGAUUUCUGUUUAAUAUGUUCAUUUUAAGAUUUCUGUCUUAUAUUUUUCAUUUAGGAUUUCUGUCUUAUAUGUUCAUUCUAGGAUUUCUGUCUUCUAUUUUUCAUUCUAGGAUUUCUGUCUUAUAUUUUUCAGUGAAAGCUAGCAUCGGUCUGUAUGGGUCAUAUGAUGUAUAAAUAUCAAGUAGCAUUCAAUAUUUCUAUUGACCCUAUUUGUAUUAUUUCAGAUCCAUGAUAACUGUUUGACUUCUUUACCUGAUGAGAUUGGUCAGUUAGUGAACCUUAAAAGACUCAACUUAAGGUGCCUUGAAGACAAUUUUACACAGAAAUUGAAAUUAUUACAAUUAAAUGUAUAAGUCUAAUAUUUAAUAAACUAAUUACUGAAGAAUUAUUGAUUAAAAGUUUUUCCCCCUUUGAUCAAUACCCCUCCCAACAUUUAUUUCCUUGUCCCACAUUGUCCUUCUUGAUUACAAAUACAACAAAAAUAUUUUAUACAAUAUUUCAUUAUAAACCUACUUCUGGCCUCAACAGCUUAACUCUUUGACCAGCAUCUAACUUAUCCUUACAUUAUGACCUCUGAAUCACACUUAACCCUGGCCUUUAACUCCCAAGAUCUCAUUAGUAAUUCUCCUUACUGUCUGCCAUAUAGUUCUUGUUAUGUUAGUUUUGAGAAUUUGGUAUUGGAUCAACUAAUAAUCUUCUAACUGAUAUUUUUCUUUAUUCUCAUUACUUGUCUGCUCUAUAUUGUAUUCAUAUUGCAAAGAGAAAUUCUGUCUUGGUCAUGUAUGGGAGUUAAAUGGUUGAAGGUCAUGAGAAUAAAGAAAAUUAUCACCAACUAAAGAAGCUCUUGAUUUUUUCAAUAAAUUCUCCUUGUUAGCUUCUUAGUGCACUUUAGGAACCGCAUGGACAACAGUAUGGAGAAUAUGCAUACUGAUGUUAGGGGGGUGUAGAGGGAUGUUUUUCUAGACUUUGUUUCAACAACCUAACUGGCAGGGUCAGAUAUAAAACUGUCAAUUAUCCUUUCCAUUAAUGCUUGUAAAAGCCAAAAAAAUUAUCUUUCCAACUGGAAAUACUGUUUAUUGGAUUGCAGCAGUUGUAGUAGAUUGAAACUAAAAAUAUGAAUAAGGGCUAACUUAAAGUUAACUAAUUAAGAUCAACAAACUAUGAAUAAAAAAUUAAUACAUGUGAAGUGAAAAGCAAAAAAUAUGUACAUUGAUGAUGCCUGAUAGAAUGGCAAAAUGGACUUCUAAAACAGAGAGCUGUGUCAAAAAACUUGAAAGGUAAUUAUGUGCAAAAGAAACUGGCCAUAAAUACCAGAGGAGAAUAAUGUGCCAUAUGAGAAACUUGCAAAAAGAUGUAAGUGACAAAGAAAAGUGCUAACAAACUUGACAAAAAACACAAACAAAAAGGUAUUAAAAAAAAUAAAGAACAAAAAAAAAAAAUUUGAAUUACAUGAGAAAUAAUUAGCAAGGGCUUAGAUCUUACAGUGCAUACCAGAAGGGACUUCUCUUCAUUUAGUUUAAUGAUGAAUGCCUUUGGUAUUAAUUCUCUUUUUUAAAUUUUUUUCCAUUAGUCACAACAAGCUGUCUUCCCUUCCAGUUUCAUUUGGAAAUCUUGUUAGUUUAUUGUCUCUGAAAUUGGAUCAUAACAGUCUCACUUGUCUGGGAACAGAUCUGAGACAGAUGAAGCAGUUAGAAGAACUGGUGAGAAUAUUGACAUAAAAUGGUGUCAAAACAUUUACAUAUUCAAAAAAUAUCUCUCAAUCCACAACUAUGAUACGUUAAGUUAAAUAAUGGAAAUUUAAUAAAAAAGGUUUUUGUUAUCUUUUUUUGUAGGAUUUGUCAGAGAAUUCUCUCAGUGAGGUUUCUCCUUCCAUUGGUAGCUGUCAAAGUUUACAGCAUUUAAACUUGUCUCAAAAUUCCUUGGAAAAGCUGCCUCUUGAGAUUGGACACCUGCGUGGUUAGAAAGCUUUAACCCUUCAAAGCCUAACAUUAGUAUGCAUAUUCUCCAUACUGUUCUCCCUACAUUUUCCAAUGUGCUGACAAGGAGAAUUUGUUUAGCAAUCAAUAGCAUCUUUAGUUGGCAAUCAUUUCCUUCAUUCUUUUGACCUUAAUGUUUGACUUAGGGGUUAGGAGAAAUAAGAUGCUUAUCACUCUUAUAAAAACAGAAACUACAGCAAAUGUGGACACAAAAAAUGUCACAUUGCUGAAAACCAUUUAUAUCUGGUUUUAUUGAUCAUUUUUGCUACAGUAUUGAUAUUUUGCUGUGGUACUGAUAAGAGCAUGACAUCCAAAUUGUUUUCUUUCAAGCAUUAAGAGACAUGAACCUCAGUAAUAACAAGUUUCAUGAACUUCCAAAAGGUGAGUUUAUUUUGCUUCCACAUAUUAUGUUUAACCCUUUGCACCCUAACAUCAGUAUGCAUAUUCUCCUAACAUUUCCUUGGAUGCUAAUAAGGAGAAUUUGUUUAACAAUCAAAAGCUUCUUUAGUUGGUGAUUAUUUGCUUUAUUCACCUUACCUUAAUGUUUGAUUCAUUUAUGAUAUUGUUAGGAGAAAUCAUAUGUUAGUCAAGAUUAAUUGAUAAAACAUGCACAAGAAUUUAUAAGUAUUUAUAAAUGAUUUUAAAUAAAGUAAGAUCAUUAUAGGUGGGGAAUCUGGCUGAUUUACAAUUAAAUAGGUAUACCUGGCAGACAAAAGUUUAUGAUUUUUCCUUGGUGCAUACUAAAAAUUUUUAACCUUUUCAUUCUCAGAUCUUAUUAAUAAUUCUCCUUACUGUCUGCCCUACAAUUCUUAUGGUGCUAUGUGGGAGAAUUUGGUAUUGGAUCACCUAAUAAUUCCCAAACUGAUAUUUUUCUUUACUUUUGUCUCUUGUCUGCUUGAUAUAACAGUUGUUUUGAUGUUGUAAGGAGAAAUUCUGUCUUGGUCAGGGAAGUUAAAGGGUUAAUCUGUAAUAGUUACACAAGUGUAAGAUCCCUUCACACAGACUCUCCCAUUUUUUGUUAAGGUUGAGGCUAACCAGAAGCACUUUGAUUUCAGUUUACUCUCUCUCAGCUGUCAUUUCCCAAAUUGUUUGUUCCCAGGGUCUAGUAUAUUAUUUCAUGUGGAGCUUUCUCAUUUUCAGAACUUGGAAGGUUAAGUAAUCUUGAAAGAUUGGAUUGCCGUCACAAUCAGCUCACUGGUGUGCCAUUUUUGAUGUCUUGUCAAUCCCUAAAGGUACAUUUAUAUGUUUUAAUGACACACUGUUUAAUUGGAGAAUCAUUUGUUGUGACUUUUGUGAAUUGAUUGAUGUAGGGUUAAGCAUACAUUGUGCGAUACAUAAUAAGUUUUUGUGGAGCAAAAAGGGAGUAAACAACUGCUUUUAAUUUCAUUCUUAUUCUGUUUUUAUUUAACUUUAUUUCCUUUCCAUUUGGAGGAGAUAGAAAGAGUUACUCAAUGUGAAGCCUAAAACAGCUCAGUAGGUUUGGUGUGUUCUCUGAGCCAUCCUCAUCCAACUCAAAUGACACACAGCUAACAGCUCAGAGCACUUGUGGAGUUUUGUGUUAACCCUUUAACUCCCAAGAUCUCAAUAGUAAUUCUCCUUACUGUCUGCUAUACAGUUCUCUUGGUGUUAGUUUGGAGAAUUUGGUUUUGGAUCAACUUAUAAUCCCCUAACUGAUAUUUUUCUUUAUUCUCAUCACUUGUCUGCUUGAAAUUGUAUUGAUAUUGUAAGGAGAAAUUCUAUCUUGGUCACUCAUGGGAGUUAAAGGGUUAAAUAUAUUUUUAAAUAAUUAUAUUUAACCAAGAAACAUACCUGUUAUUGACUCUUUAUGUGAAAUUCAUAGUGACUGUGAUUUGUUAUCGACAGGAACUUUACCUUGGCAACAACAAAAUAAACAGUUUGAAUGGUGAAAGUUUCUCCUAUGUCACCUCAUUGUCAAUAUUUGAUUUCAGGGACAACAGAAUUAGCAUGUAAGUAUUUAACAUAUUCCGUAUUUCUUCAAUUAAACCCUGCCCUUGAAUAAACGCUGCAUUUUAGAGCAGAAAUAUUAAUAAAUACCACCCUCAAACAAACAUGCAGUAUUUCUUUGAACAAUAAACUCAAAAAGCACACAGCAAUCAUUGCUUCAGUUGUAGUUGAAAAUUUUGAGUGACCCAGACACAAAUCCUUUUGAAUAUACCAGUUUUGAUGUUGAGAAAGCAUAUCCAACAUAAGAUCUUUAUUUGCUUUAUGUAUUGCAGUAGUAUCAACAUGCAAAUUGUGAAAUUGAGAGCAAUUUAAAAAAUGACUUUUUAGACAAGCACUAAAAUGUGUUUCUGUUUUUUAAAAUUAAAAUGGUCAGUUACCAUACUAUUAUUUGGAUUUUAAAUAAAUGCCGCCCUCUAAUAAAUGCCGCCCUUUCAUAAAUGCCACACUCAAAUCAGGAAAAAAUUUUAAAAAUGCUAUGGCAUUUAAUUGAAUAAAUGCGUUGUAUUGCAAUCCUGUUAUCGUGAACCCUUUUUGUCUUCAAUCUCCUGAGUGUUAUAAUGAUUUGAUGUUGCUCAGCCACCAUGGCUAACCCCUUUUUGUCAGUCAUCACAAGACCUCUUUUAGACAUAUGGCUCCCUCUGCUGUCACAGCUGGCUCCUUCACAACUGUCAUUUUCUCUGAUAACAUUGGACUGCCUUCUUUUUUCUGCUCUGAGGCUUAUUUUUUUCAAAGAUUGAGCAAAAUCCCUAUGGAGCCUCCUUAAAGGAAGGUUUACCAGUAUUUUUAAUGCCCCAUGGCCACACAAAGUUUUUGGCUGUUUAAGAGCAGAUUCCAUUUCAUUAUAGUUUUUUCUCAAGGUGAAAAAAAAAGUGCUUGUCAUAGAUAUACAGUAAGCUGCUUAUCUAUGGUACUUUUUUCAAGUAUUCCAGAUGAGAUCACUGUGCUUAAAAAACUGGAAAGACUUGACUUAGCAAACAAUGCCAUUUCUGGGUAAGUGCCCCUGUCUUCUGUAUAUAAGAGUUACAGGUAUACCACUAAGAUUCCUCCCUUUUUAUUAUCUCUGCUAUAUUAAACAACUGACACACAUGUAACUUCAACUUUAACGUAUUCCCUUGUAGUUUUUUGUAAGAUGUUUAGCAGCUUUAUCAUGGAUUAAGUUCCAUGCUUUAAAUGAUUAUCAAAGUAUGGCUUGAUUAGCCUAGUUUGUAAGCAGUGAUUUCCUUUUAGUUUUUCUUCUGUCCUUUAGGAGUUCACAAUUGUCUGGUGCAGUUUUAAUAAAAAGAAUCUUCAACAACCAAAUUCCAGUGCAUUAAGAUAUCUGUAGGGAAAUUCUAUCUCUAUCCUCAUUGCUCUUCAGUUUCCAAGUGGUCUUAAUGUUUUAUUAACCAAAUAACUUGUCUCUGGCAAUGAGCUACAUGAAAAACCCAGCUUUGUGUCUAUUAGCUUUUUUGAAAUAAGCCUUCUCUCAUUUAUAUCACUAUUAAUGGUUAACUCACACAAUGCAUCUAAUUUUUGUAGCAACUGUAACGUAAUAUCUGUCUUAUAAAUAAUUAUUAGUCUUCCAUACACAAUGGGAGCUAUGGAACAUCUGAAAUCUCUAGUUCUGGAUGGAAAUCCUUUGAGAAGUUUGCGCAGAGAUGUUGUUAUGGUAAGGCAAACAAUUUUUUUCAACACUUGUAAUAUGUUGAUGUGCAAUGUAAGUUAGAUAAUACAUAGACUAUGCUAAGAUCCACUCUUCAUCUUAAAAUGCUGGAAUGCAUUGAGGUCUUAUGUUCACUGCACUGUGGUGAUUUGACCUGAGUCAAUGUAUUGAAUUAUUUUUUUUUUACACUGUAUCUUUGUUAAUGAAGCUGUCUUUUAAUCUCAGAGAGGUACACAAGCCAUUUUGAAGCAUCUCCGUAGUCGCAUCCCAGGUCAGAACACUAAUAACAGUCUUUGAGUUUACUGUUAGUAAUUAGGAUAUUCCCUUGACAUUCAUUGCACACAAUUUUGUUUUGUUACCAGAGGAGGAAAAACAACAAGAUGCUACAGAUGCUCCUGUGACAUCCUUACCAGUGAGCACAGCCAUACCAACCACUUCAAGCGGACUGGACAUGCACACAAUCAGUAGCACAAAAACCCUUAACUACAGGUCAUGAGCUAAGGAUAAUAACUUGAGAAUUGUCUCUUUUAGUUUCAAAUGGAAUGGUUAAUUUAAUUUAGUGAUAUGACUAUUUAAAGCUGAAGAGUGUUGACAAAAGAUUAUUGGUUUGAAUUUAUAUGUGAAUGUUGUAACAAGCCCCCAAUAGACUUAUAAAUUCCCAGGGGGUAAUUUAAACUUCAAGAGUGCCUAAAUGAGAGUCAUCAAUUAAUUCAUUCAUUCAUUCAUUCAUUCAUUCAUUUGCUAAUGCAGCCUAUCAAAGACAUGCACAUUUGUAAUGACGAGGUUUAUUAGUGAUGGGGCUCAUCAGAGAGGCAAGUGUACUAAAAGCUUGAAAUUUUAGAAGGGCGCCACGGUAUUUGUUGGGGGGGGGGGGUUUAGAGAGAGGGGCUUACUAGAUGUCUGAAACUUUGAAAGAGGGUUUAUUGAAAAGGGGGAGGUAUUCGAUAGGGGAGAUGUUUUAUAGAAGUGUAGAGUUUUAGAAGAGGGGUUUAUUGGUGAAGAAGAAUUUUACAGGAUUUUGGGUUCAAAGGCAUAUUGAUGUGGCCAAAGUAUGUCAUUAGCUGGUCUUGUACUCAUAGAGGGCUCAAAUGUGGUGAUCAAAUGAAAGUUACAUGGCACCAAAUCAUGAAUAUAUUUUUUUCUCUUUGUGCAGCAACAAGAAGGCAGUCAACAUUCCUGAUGAAGUUUUGGAUGCAGCUACUUCAGCAGAAGUGACCACUCUAAACCUCAGCAAGAAUGUACUGAACAAAGUACCAGAGAGGUGAGAGAGAUGGAAAAUGUGGAAGGAAGAUGUCAGUUCAUAUAAACUGUAGAAGAACUGUAGCUUGAAGUGCCCAAAAUUUCUGUGCAACUCAGUUUGUAGAGCUCUGUGUGGCUAGGAAAUCAGAACUGAUUGGGGCUUGUGUCCUCAUGGGAGAAAAACUGAAUUUUUUUGCUCUACACUCUUGACAAAUUUUCAGAGUCUUCCCUUAGAUAAGGAGUUGGCUCCUAAGCAAAUCAGAAACAAAAUUUUGCAAUAGGAUCAAGGAAGAGGGUGAUCCCUGAUUCCACAUGAAAAUGGAUGCUUGCAUGACAUUCCACCAUGUGAACCUGUCAGGGUGUUGCGUCAGUCUUGAGGAGCCAGAAUGGUACAGCAUGUCCCUCCAGGAGGGACAUGCUGAUCCCAGGUUUGAUCCCAGAGCCAUAACCCUGACACCUUACGCUUGUUGAGUUUGUUUGUGGUUCUUUUCCUUGUACAGAGGGCUGUUGUUUUUCUUGGUCUCCCCACCUUUCUCCAUUCACAAAAUCCAACACUCCAAUUUUUAUUUUACCUGGAAGCUAACACUCCAACACUACAUUUUAUCUGGAAGUAGUGGAUGAGAACACACUCAAUGUGGAUGUCCACAGCCAAAUGCAAUUUUUUUACGAUUUGUUUUUGGGGAGUUUCCCUGGCCCUCAGCCUCAGACUCUACAACUUGCAUGUUCUCGUGAAGAUCAAUCUCCACAAAUAAAUUCUGAAAUGUUGUGGUGAGUGAGUGUGUUUACUAGACAUUUUAACUGUUUUUGUCUUUUUUUUGCUUUCUUUCCUUAGGUUGCUCUUGUUAAGUAAAUCUCUUACUGACCUGAACAUAUCAGUGAACAAGAUAACCAGUCUGCCAUCAGAUUUUGGCUGUUUAACAAAACUUUCUUCAUUAGAUUUGAGGUAUGCAUGCACACAUUAGGCAACAAUUUUACAGUGACAUAGCACUCUAUGAGCACUGGUUCCAAAAUAAUUCAUUGUAACUCAUUUAACUGAAAUUCAAGCCAGUUUGAAUUUGUGCAGCUUGAUGGAAAGACAAAAUGAUGGCCUUCAAUGUGAUCAUGCUGAUCUAAAAUUCUAACAAUUUUCAAAUGGUUGCUCAUGAAAUUACCUUCUUGACAUACUUUUCUCUACAGAAUCUAAUAAUAAUUAAAAUGUCUGGAAGGUUUCAAAGAGAAUGUACAGAUAUGUUGAGUGAGAAGCAUUGCUUAUGUUGAGCUGGAUUUUAUUUUACAGCAAUAACCAGUUGAGUCAUCUGCCUGACAGCUGUGACAGAUUGAGCAGUCUUAGGGAAAUAAAUAUCUGUAAUAACCGGUUAGUCAAAAUAUGUUUUCAGAAAUCAUAUUAUGAGUGAGUUUUCAUUUUGACAUGGUGCAAUCUGGAAUUGAGCAGCUGAAAUUUGAUCAAAGGGGGUAAGUUUCUAAAGAAACUGUGGUGCUGAGCUAGUGGGAGAGUAUAACAGAGCAGAUGGCAAAGGGCUAAUGUUUGAAAUGUCAGCUUUAAAACUCUUUGACAGUGGCCAAUUUACAUUAUUAACUCAGUUGAUAAUACUAAAUUACCCUGAAAUUUAAUCAGGUUACAUAUGUCCUUUUGGCAAGAUGACUCAUGUCACUUAUUGGUUGUUUGACAGCUUUAUGGGCUAAUUCAAUGACUCCUUUUCUUGCUAAAAAAGAACAGGGAGACUUGCAGGACUGGCUGACUGACUGAUUGCUGAUUGACUGACAGACUGUUUGACUGAUAAACAUAAUAAUUGAAUGAUGUACUGACUGACCAAUUCAUUCAAUAACUGAUUGGCUAACUGACUAUCAGAUUAAUGAAGAGACUGAUAGACUGUUUAACUGAUUGACACACUCUGUGACUGACUGGAGCCAUUGACUGACUGACUUACUGACUGUCUUCUUUCUGUUUGAUUGAGAAGCUGAUUGGCCAAAUGACUGGCUAAAUAACUGACUGACCAAUCAACCAACUGAUUGAGUAAAUGUCUUAAUCCUUUCACUCUCAAGAUCUCAGUAAUAAUUCUCCAUAAUGUCUACCGUACAAUUCUUAUGAUGUUAGCUGCAAGAAUUUGAUAUUGGAUCAUCUAAUAAUCUCCUAAUUUAUAUUUUUCCUUUGUUUCCAUCAUGUGUCUGCUUGAUAUUGUUUUGAUGUUGUAAAGAGAAAUUCCGUCUUGGUCACUGAUGGGAGUGAAAUGGUGACAGAAUUAAUCCACCAAACCAAGAUCUUUGGAUUCUAAUUCAAAGUUGAUGGGAUAAAUUUAAGUCAAGCUACAAAAUCUGGCUACAAGACAGUAUUUAUGCAAUGUUAAAAAAGUAAUUGCAAGGAACAAGAUGGGGAAUCAAAGUCUAUUAUAAAACUUGGAAACCUGAUAAUUUGCAUACAUUUUUUUACAUUUUUUUCUAGAUUCUCAAACCUGCCCUCUGUUCUGUACUCAUUAAGAACCUUGGAGAUUAUCUUGGCUAGUGGUAACCAGGUGAAAGGCUAUUAUAGGUUACUUUUAUUCUAAACAAAAAUUUUGAUGCUGCAUCUUAAAACCUUGACUCAAAAGGAUUUUCUUGCUGGCAUCUAAUAGUAAACACCAGAAACUAGUCGAUUUUUGACAUCAGUGGCCCAUUUUAGGUUUAAGACACCAGUGUCUGUUUUUAGAUUUAGAGUCUGAUUUUUGACCCAAGUGUUCGACUUUUCCAUUUAUCCCUGCUAAGUUUCAGAUUGAUGAAUUUGGAGUAAGGUGUUAGUUGAUAUUUCUGAAAAGCACUUUUGGAUGAAAAAAAAAUAAAGUAUGAUGUUGUACACUGCUAUUCAUCAUUAACGAUAAUUUUAUUUUAAUUUUAGUUUUUAGUUCAUAUUUUUUUAUAGUCUGGUAAAGUUAAUUUGAAAGUUUGUAAAUACUGCAUAUAAAGAUUUUAACCACCACGAUUUCUCAAGCUGUUUGAAUGGUUUCCCAAUCCGUUUAAUUGCGGAUUUGUCUUUAUAUUUUGGAGGGUUACGUCAGAUUAGAAGUAUAGUCAAGGGGAGCACAAACUCUGAUCUGACUCAAACAGUUUAUUUUGAUUUCGCAUGUUUUCCUCCUGCAAAAGCUAGUUAGUUAUACCAGAGGCUCAACUCUUGUUAAUUCACGUUUCUAGAUCCAGAUUAUUGACGUUGACAGCUUGCUGUCGAUGACGGCUCUUUCCACGUUGGACUUGCAAAACAACAACAUCGCUCAGGUUCCACCUCAGCUUGGAAAUGUUACACAAUUAAGGUGCAGUGAGAGUCCGCGCAAUUCAUAUUUUCUUUUUUUGAUAACCUUUACAGGAAAUGUCCUUAGACAAGACAAACACCUUUGAGACAAUAUUCUCGUCGUCAGUAGCUGUGUCAGGCUGUCUGUGAAGAUGAGCGGGGGUGUAGGGAAGGGGGUGAGCGGUAAACAGAGUUUGUCUUGGACAGCCGCACACUCAUCCUUUUUUCCCACAUUUAUACGUGACUGAGUCGUCCCCAGGUAUCACUCUUAUUUUAAGUAAGAGACGCCUGGGGUGGAGUCCAUAUCUUUGGAACAUCUCCACAGAGAGCCUGGCUAGGGCUUGCAAACGUUGAAAUUAACCCAAAUUAUUUUCUCUUUCGUCAAGGUCAUUACAGUUGGAAGGGAACCCAUUCAGAAACCCGAGACCAGCUGUUCUUUGCAAAGGAACCCAGGCCCUCCUCGCCUAUCUAAGAGAUCGGAUACCCACGUGACAUACUUGAAUGGACACCACGGAC